AUGCAUGCGAUGGUGGUUCUUGUUGACCAGUCUGAACACUUUGUUUUUAAGCCAAUGCUAUAUGAGCUUCUGUCUGGAGAAGUUGAUGCAUGGGAAAUAGCUCCACGUUUCUCCGAUUUGCUUGCAAACAAUGAUGUGCAGUUUUUUCAAGAUAGGGUGAAACUCCUACAUCCAUCUGAUCAUUGGGGAAUGAAUGGUCCUGCAUCUGGCUGUGGAGGAUUUGUUCAUCUUGAAAGUGGUCUCCUUAUUGAAUAUGACUGGUAUAAUUCCUGUGAUCCCUGA